UCUGUAUGCAGAGGUGGGAAACCCUGUGAACAGGGAUAGCUAUUUCUCCAACAAAGUGGGCGGGGAGGAGGGAGGGAAACACAGUCUGUCCUACUUGUCGCCCUCCAAUAAGCCUCCCAUGUCCAAGCCUCUUUUGUCAGCUUGUGCUUAUCCCUCUGCCGAAUCCCAACUCAGCUAUUCCCUCAGCCGCAGCCACAGAGACAUAAGUACCGGAGGAACCAGUGGGUGCCGCUUUUUUCUUCUCCUUCUUUCCUCUGCCUUGUUGCAACCUUCUCCGUGCGAAUCCCUUGGAGCAGUUCACAAAAGAUUAGCAACAAAAAAUAACCCAUGAGUUACCAAGGCUACGAAAUGGAGUCCCCAUUGCUCCAAAAUCCGGAACCGCACGGACAGGCUCCCGGCGGCCAGGGAUAUGGAGGCCACCAAGCCCUCCCAUUGAACUCCUUCCUGAACGAAGUCACCGGCAUCCGCGGUCUCCUGACGACGUUCCGACAAGCCGUGCUAGACAUCGGAGCACUGCACAACCAGACUCUACAAUCCUACGACAAUGGCGCUACCUCGGGCUCAACGCAGCAGUUGGAAUCGCUAGUCGCGGAGACGUCGGUGCUGACGAAGCAGCUGAGGGAUAGUAUCAAGUCCCUUGAGCGAGAUGCUCUCAUCAUGGAUGAAUAUUCCACGCAGAACACAAAGAGGCAGCAGAUUGAUAAGCUGAAGGGUGAUUUUGAUAAGGAGUUGAGGGCGUAUCAGCAGACGGAGAAUUCAUUCAAGACUAGAUACCGAGACCAAAUGGCCCGACAAUACCGCAUCGUAAAUCCUGAUGCAACGGAAGCGGACGUGGAACGUAUGGUAGAAAGUGGAGAAACCCAAGUCUUUUCACAAGCACUCCUCUCCAGCGGCCGCAGCCGCGAAGCCAACUCGGUCAACGCGGCGGUCCGUGCACGCCAUGCCGAAAUUCAACGUAUCGAGACAACGCUAAUAGAGCUCCUUGGCCUCUUCGAGCAAAUGGCGGAACAAGUCGUCCUGGAUGAACCAAAGGUUAUGCAGGUCGAGGAGAACACCACCAAAGUCGAACGGGACAUGGAACAAGCAACGGCCCACAUGGGCAAAGCGGUUGAGAGCGCCCGCAGCGCGAGGAAGAAGAAGUGGAUCUGUCUGGGUAUCGGCGUUGGCAUUGUCGUGGUUAUUGCGAUUAUCAUUACGGUUGUGGUGGUUGUUCGGAAUUCCGGGAAAAAUAAUGGGAACAAAGACAACAAUCAAGACCCCAAGCCUACGGCGUCCUAGGAGGUUACAGAUACGAGGAGGGGUUUUGUUUUUGUUUGGAUGAACGGAUCCGGCGGGGGUGUUUGGGAUGUAUUAUGGUUUUUCGCCACGUUUCCCUUUUUUCUCUCCACGCCCGGCGGCGCUUUUCGAUAUCAUAUUUUGCCUAGCGGUUCGGGGCCUACUGGCUACGGAGGAUGGGAGCUUUCCCACCACAAUACAACACAAUUAGGACUGGGAAAUGGCAACCACCCCCGAACAUAUCUAUCUAUAUGUACCUAUCUUAUGGCAGGUGAUGGCUGCUCUGGUGAGAAUGACAAGAAGCAUUCUUUAGUAGCUUGUGCACGGUCAAACAAGGAAUUCAAAAAUUUCACGAAUA